GGUACCCAUCCCUACUCACAACACCACACGACUGCUGCCGCAGCCUUGACAGUAUCAGAUUGUUGAAUUGUCCACUUCUAAAGUUUUUGGUAUCUAGAUGUAUUUUAGUUUACUGCCUAAUAAUGAACUCCACCACUUGCAUCAACAUCUCUUAGAUGGACACGAUGCAAUACUUUUGCUAAAUGCAUUAAAUGAAUCAAACAUGACAGAAGUUGUUCUCUUCUUUAAUGCCUGCUUACCUGACACAAAGGGUUAAAUCAAUGCUUUGUUCCUUACUGGCUCUUGAUUUUAAUUGGUGUUAAGCUCCCACACAUUGUCUACUUCAAGUAGUAUGUUUUUUCCUUCAAUUUGGCAAGGUUUUCUCAAAGCCCCGAGGGGAGCUUUGCAAAGGCCAAAGUGGUCUGAAUAUUCAUGACCACACAAGUUGCACUGGCUAUCUUGAAAUCUGAAGUUACUACAGUGUAGUAGGUGAGUUUUGUGCCUAGAAAAGGUUACUCUCUAUUCUUAGAGUCUUAGUGCAUGCUGUUCAUGAUAGUAAAGUGAGAAACUAAUUCCACUAAUUAGGUUCAAAUAUAACACACAAGUCCACGUGGAAGGCUAUGCAACCUGCACCCACGUUCACUAAGCAUAGCCAGCAAAAUCCUGUGCACAUACAUGUGAGGAAUUAUGCAGCAGCAGAGUGUGGUGUGAGUGCUGGUGUGUUCCUUUAUUCCUUUAAACGGAGCCAGCUGAGCUUAUGCGCUUUAUGUGUGUCACUUUAGGUUCUGUCACAUAUGCAAAUAUCCACACCGAGACUGUUGCAAACCAUGUUCGCACUCAAUGAGUCUUAGUUUGAAAGCUUUUUCAUGACUUGCUGUUAAGUAAAAGCUGCUGAUUCGUCCACAUUUUUAAACCUCCAUAUGCUGCACAUCUCCACUCCGCUGAGCUGCUAAUUCCUUAAACAGUAUUUUUAUUCCCCGGUCUAAAAGGGAGCCAUUAAAGGAUCCAGUUCAGGUGUGUCACCACUGACACUGGAUUUUGUGGCUGGAGAAUAUUUUUAUAGCUUUUCAACCUCAAUGCAUCAUCAUGAUCAUCGUACGACAGAGUCCCAACACUUAGUGCUGCUGGUACACUUUAAUGCACGACUCGCCUCUCGCUGUUCGAAACUCCAUUUUUAUUUUUUUUUAAUUAAAAAUGCGAGAGACAAAGGCGACUGCACAAGUGAAUGUAGAACGCUGUGUAAAUGUUUUUAUGCACUACAUGAUCAGAUUUGUUUCUUGAUGCAACACCAUCAAGCAUGACUCUUGGACCAAAAUUAAUUCAUCAAGCUCCCGCAGAGCCCUGAUCUCGACAUCAAGAAGUCAGACUGGGAUCAUGUAAAGCGACAGGAGGUGUUCAGAAAAGUAAAGCAACUUCUCCUCAAAAAAUAGCUUUUUCUUCCCCUUUUCUCGUCAUUCUUAGAUUUCUUUUAGGGGAUAAAAGUGCUGCAAAGUACAGCAGUUCUGCAGAGGGCGAGAUUGUUCAUUUUGUGCACUAUUUUUAUUUUAUAUGUUUACAUUAGUUUAUAUAUGAUGGUAUUCAUUUAAUGUAAUCUUUACCUCACAUUGGAGACUGCAUUCAGUGAAGCUAAAGCACAGUUUUAUAGUGCAGGAAACCAAACAGCUGCUGUAGCUAAACAGACCACGGUAGCUAAUGCAUGCUAACCUAGCAUGACCGCUGCUGGUCCAGGAGAUCUGUUCAUGUCAGAAGCUCGUUCAUAAUCCACUGAAGCUUCCGUAUAGCAAAUCACUGGGAUUGUUCACUGGGUUUCCUCUGUCUUGAACUAUAAAAAGCUUUGAUAUGAUUGUUGUGAACUUGCACUGUUGUAGGGGAAUGGUUGGGUUCAGUCGUGCUUAAAGUAUCUUUCACGGCAUGGAAUAUCAUGUGAAAGCAUGAAAUGCAUAUUAAUUAAAUGACUUUGGUUCUGUUAUUCGUAUGCUCUUUCAUGAAAGUAGUUCUUUCUCACUUCUUAGUCCGGUUCUAGGUCGGAGCGUGUCUGGUAUUCUUCUGCUCAUGUUUUGGUAUAAAACAUCUUCCCAUGAGACAAAGUCAACGGUCAUUUAUGUAAGCUGCAUAGUCUGACCCAUGACUGUGACCUUUAUAUUGUUGGUGCUCUCUAACUGUCUUUACAAUUAUGAUGAAAGUAAAGGAGGAAGUGAGGCGAGCUUUAUUCAGCCACAAAGUCCGUGAGAUCAUGAGUGAGGUUGGGGAGGACAGAUGGGAUAAGAAAAGAUCAGGGUGUUCGUUUCCAGUUAAAACAAACCUUAUGUAUCAUUGGCAUGUUGUUAUUGUAUUUUAAUGCAAUUUUUGAUAUUUUCAUGAAUCUUAAGAAGGCUAACCUAACAUGGAUGAAAGUAUCUGCUUUGUUUUACUAAUUCAGACAGACCAAAUUACAGACUUCCUGUGUUUUGGAAGAAAAACAACAAAAUGUAAAUAUAUGAUUCAUUUCCCUCCACCAUUUAUGAAACCCUGAUUUGUUUGAGGCAAGCAAUUAGUGACUGCUCAGUUUUUCAAUCUAAGCAUUGGUGUUAAUUUUUCUUUUUUUGUUUGGUCUAAUAUUAAAAGAUAUUUCUGAUUGGGUGAUGGUGAGUUUUAAUCACAUUUGCUGUGUUGUGUUUGCUUGAUGCCACAAUAUCAGCUGUCAAAACACAGCAAUCCAUCAUAAACACUGAUUCAGCUUUUGAAGAAAAUCAGUGACUUAUGACCCUUUUUUCUCCCAUCAACCCCACUGCAGUGUGCAAAAAAACCUUCCGGCUCUGUUAUUUUCAGAUACACGAUAACCUGACAGACAGGUGCAAUCUAUUAUAAGGUUAUUAUAAGUUUUUUUUCUUGCUACAAAGGAAAGUUUAACUGCUGACACUUUUAAAAACAGAGGAACAGAAGCAGAGCUGGCGAAGGACUUAUUAAAAAAGCAAGGUUAAGUUUGUUUACUAAUGUUUUCGUCUAUACGGAAGCAUCAAGAGAAGCCACAGCAGGUGAUGAAUCGCUAUAUCGCUUUUUUAAUAUUCUGUUGCCACCUGCUACGUUGCUAAAAGACUAAACCGCGGGGAUUUAACAUGAAAUCGCCAAAGUUCACUUAAGCUGAAAUGAGGGCUCGGAGAGUCGAAACGACCUCCAGAGUUUUGUGAAGCUUCAUUUGUGAAGGAUUUCUGAGGAAUUCUGCUGAUCCGGUCCCUCGGUUCUUCCCGGUUGUGCUUCUUCUCUCUGUACUGAAAGCGAUGACUGUGGGAGAUCUGUGCACUGAUCCCACAUCAGCACUCCCUAAUUGGAGAAACUUGGGAAAUAAUAAUAUAGGUCUGGGAUGAGAUGAUCAGCUUAGAGGCAGCCCAUCCUUCACCUGCUGACCGUAUCUUUCUACCUCCUCAUCCCAGGUGAUUAGAGAAAUCCCCCAGACCCUGUCAGAAACUCAGAAUCAGCACACUUAUACACUGAGAUGACCCAAGAACAGUGCACUCAUAGGAACAAUGUCCAGAGUUCAGAGAAACCACAAGUGUACAAAGUGGGAAUAUACGGCUGGAGGAAACGCUGCCUUUACUUCUUCGUCCUGCUGCUGAUGAUCCUGAUCCUGAUCAACUUGGCACUAACUAUCUGGAUCCUCAAAGUCAUGAACUUCACCAUAGAUGGGAUGGGAAACCUCAGAAUAACAGAGAAGGGCCUGAAACUGGAGGGGGACUCUGAGUUCCUCCAACCCCUCUAUGCCAAAGAAAUCCAGUCCAAACCAGGCCGCCCACUGUUCCUGCAGUCAUCCAGAAAUGUGUCCGUCAAUAUCGUCAACAACAACAACAAGCUGCUCACACAGCUCGUCACAGGAUCCACUGGAUUUAAAGCACGAGGCAAGAUGUUUGAAGUGAAAUCCACCUCUGGGAAGCUCCUGUUCUCCGCCGAUGAGCAGGAGGUGGUGGUGGGCGCAGACCGGCUCCGAGUGAUGGGGGCCGAAGGAGCCGUGUUCAGCAAAUCAGUGGAGACGCCGCAUGUCAGAGCUGAGCCGUUCAAAGAGCUGCGGCUGGAGUCUCCCACCCGCUCUCUGCUGAUGGAGGCCCCGAAGGGAAUCCAGAUCCUGGCUGAGGCCGGAGACAUCCAGGCCAUCUGCAGGAGCGAGCUGCGACUGGAGUCCAAAGACGGAGAGAUCUCGCUGGAUGCUCAGAGGAUUCGGCUGUUGCAGCUGCCGGAGGGGAAGGCCUCCACCAGCUCCUCGUCCUCUGGGACCAGGCAGACUGUCUACGAGGUUUGCGUUUGCCCCAACGGGAGGCUCUUCCUGUCCCAGGCUGGCACCGGAUCCACCUGCCAGAUCAGCAACAACGUCUGCCUCUAGGACUCAUACGUACAAAAAUAAACAAACGCAUCCUGAAAGAGAGACGGGCUAAACAGACAGAUGUACACAUAUCGCCUGCCUUUAGGACUGAUUCACAGAUAACACGUACAGAAAUACAAAGACUGCCAGAGCUGAUGGACAAACAAUCAUAGAUACUGUACUUACACAGACACACUGAUGGAAACACUUUACAAUCACAGACUGAUGUCUAGGCCCAAAUGAUAUGUUUUAAGCUCCUGAUAUGUUCCAGUUUAAUGCAACCUUUUUCUUUCCCUUAAUUUCCUGAGUUGAAGUCGAUCAUCAUGAGAACCUAAAAGUCUCCGCUAAGCUCUUCACACAUAGAGAUCAUUACAAGAACAAAAAGAAACAAAGAAAACGUUUUUUUAAUACAGCUGAGGUCUCCGUCACAUUGGGAAUAAACUGACUCUAUUUAGCAAAAGGCCAGUAUUUGUAAUAUAUCUGUGUGAUCCUAACAGUCAUACGCAGAGAUCUGUAAUCACACCACACAUAUUUUAACACGUCAACAUGGUACACACACACAGACACACACACACACACAUUGUUUGCUUGUAGAAGCCUCCUGGUAGAAACUAAAAGGAGGAUCUCCAGAGAGUUACUGAAAGAGACGCUGACGUGUUCCCUUUCUCUGUCAAGAGCAUUUCAGUACGAGAAUCACUAGGGUGAUCACCUCCUUUUUUCCUCUGCCUCCAUCUUCUCUUUCCUUCCCUGUAGCUUGCUUCAGUUGAGGUUUUAAACUUCACACCAGUGGUUCUCAAACUAGAGGGUGGGCGCUAAUUUAGAGAAAUGAUUUUUGAAGGGAAGGACGGCCUGGAAAGACCUUUGUUUCACAAAGAUUCCACUUGGAUCCUCUCUUUAUUUUUGAUGUUUGAUAUAAAACAAAUACACGUAUAUGCAUCCAACAACUGUGGGAUCCUAACAUUUUUCAGCCUUUGAAAGAAAGUUUGAGAACUACUGAUGGUGAAUGUUCCUAGAGUUCGAUCGGGACAUAAAACGAACGCAAAGACUUUCAAAACUUUUUAAGUUCAAUUUUAAGCAAACAGCAUUUACAGCGUGCCUCUGUCACAGUUCCUUUAUGAGUUUGUUUGAUUUUGUGGGGAUAUGUUGAUGCUAAAUUGUGACAGUAAGACCGUGUGCAAGUUGCUAUGCUUAUCAGACUGUGAAGCCAUGUUCAUAUCAUAUUGCCUUUACUCAGCUGGGCUUCUGUUCAUUUCCAAAAGAUAUUUGGCUUCAAAGAAACAAACUGCAUGUUCUGCAAAGUGCCCAGUUUGUUUUCUUCUAAAGCAAAUCUUUUCAUAUUCUUUGAAUUUGCAGAAUUUUUAUUAAAUAUCUAAAGUUUUGUCCUUCAACAGGAUGUGAAGGGAUUCCUUCACAUCCCGUUUAUUAUCUCAGAAUUCUGAGUUUUUCUCGCGACCCUGAAGUUGCUUUCUCUUGUGUAAUGUAGUUAACUUUACCUUGAGAUCAGCGAGUCUAGAAAGUACGCCACAAUAUGGUCACCUGCAGUCCAGCAACCAUCAACUGCCAGUGUAGUUACACUAGUCUCCGUCAGUGUCUGUGUAAAAAUCAGAGUCAAUCUAAGCGAGCCAAAAAAGAGGAAUUAUUAUCAAAUUUCAGUUGAAGGGAAUGGAGCUAAACAGUUAAAAUAAUUGUGCAUCUGGACAUCCUAAAAUAUGUCAAAGAGCGAUGUUUCAAGUGGAAGAACAUGUUAGUGUGUUGGCUUCAUGCUUGUAUGAGGUGAUCCUGAACGGUAAAGCCAUAGCACGCUGAUCCCGUGGUUACGUUUUUCUCACGGAAAUCAUUCCCUUAACAUUCAAAGCAUAAUGAAACCACAUCAGGAACGUUCAUGUUUUCCACAUGGGUGUGGUGGUUGGGGGUGGCUUUUAUUUAUAUAGCACCAAACCACAAUAAGAGUCACCUAAAAGCGCUUUGUGUUAUAAGGCAAAGCAAAUUUAAAACUGUCAGAAGAAAAAUGAUCAAAAUUCCAACUUUUGUUCUCUAAAGUUGGAAUUCUGAUCUUUUUAUUCCUCUUCUCUCCCACAGGGUCCCAUUUCACUCCGGAUGAUCACUUGAACGUGCCCCAUUAACGUUGGAGAGUUGCAGUUUUAGAUUGUGUUAGAAGGUCUCUGGUUCAGAUCUCCAGUCUAGACUCACUUUGUCGGCCUAAUCUUUUAAUCUUAACUCUUGUAUUCCUCGUGAUAUGACAUGAACAAGGCACCAAAGGCUGAAGCAUUGAUCUGUUCGAAAUCUUUAAACAUUUAAAGCAAACUGUGUUAACUUUGAAUUCUGUGGAUAUUUUAUUUAAUCUCAUGUAUUGAUUGUAUGCUAACUGUUGUUGUUGCCUGCAUAAAUUCUGACCCCUGAAAAGAGAGCAUCGGCUUCCCUCCUGUCGUCCUAACACUGAAGAAAAUGACGAAAAACAGCAACAGCUUUGAUAUUUCCAAACCUCGCAUAUAAAAACACAAACAUCCAACGUGAGCUGCUCGAACCUCGCCGGUGGUCACCCUACUUGUUUCUUGCACUGGGACAUUUUUUUAAAAAGGACAAAAAAAGAUAAAAAAAAAUAAAAAUACACAAAAAAAACUAAAGCGAGCCACUCUGUUGAAAGAGGGGAACUGUGCCUGUGCCUUACGUCGAUGCACUUGUGGCAAGAAAAAGCACAUCACCCAGACUUUCUUUGGCAUCAGUGAGUAUUAUGAUCUCUGAUUUCAGUUGUGUUUCAUCACAAAUCUUUCCCUGUGUGCGAAUGCAAAGACCUUUGUUCCAUAUUUGACUGUAGCGCCCCCUGCUGUCAACACCUGACUCUGCAAAAGGAAGUGCCGGCUUUGUUUUUUUCAUGUAUCACUUUAAGUUCGUGUUGCUUUACAUGCUCAAAAUCUGAGGUUAAAACGUGUAACGUGAUCCUUUGGAGUUUAAUUGGCCAGUGUCUUUGAUUUCCACUGCUUAUCUUGAACCACUAGCUCAAAAAUAUCCAGUCACGUACUGCCAUUUUGUCACAAGUGCUGGCGUCCAAGAGAAAUACACAAGGGGGUGUUUGGUUUAGCAGCUACCCUUGGAAAGAGUAGCUUGGAUCUAUUCUAAUGGUUGUCAAAACUCAUCAUUAAAGCUGCAGGAGAGGUCAUCAAAUGUCAUCCAUCCAAAUGCUCAUGCGGAUUUUCAGAGGACGAUCUUGGAGGCGAUGAUCAACCAGAAUCUAAAUUUAUUUUGAAUUUUUAUGGUUGGCAUCAAAAUUGAACCUUCAUGACUGCCCAGUGGUUAGUGAAGUCUGUGAAGCUUUAAUUUGAUUGUUUUCACCAUCUUGUUGUUCUAGAAGUAUCGCCCCCUGGUGGCCAUUAAAAGCAAUGCAGGUUUCAGGCAUUUCUGGGUAGGGCUGUUCGAUAUAACGAUAUAUAUCGGAUGACGAUAUAAAAACAUCGUUUCAUUUUACGCUAUCGUUUGUUUCGUGGUGUCGCAAAAUAAACUGUU